GGACUCACUGUUGUCUGCAAGAACUCCAGAUUUCGUCGACAGAGCAUCGGGCUGAGCCAACGAGCGAAAGCGCGACGAAAUUUCGUCACGUGGUGCGCUGCUUCCGCCUUCGACGAGCUAAUGGGGAGGAAUUUCUUUAGCCACCAACGUGGACUCGAGGAUGAAUUUUUCAUGAACAACGUUUUGUGUGGAGGGACGGCUUUCGUCGGGCACAAUGGAAAGAAAGGUCGUCAGUCUUUCGUGGUUUGAACCGAUUGCGAGGAACGAUGCUCUUUCCAGGUGCGGGGCGAGUGUCUGCUCCAGUUUCUCGGCAUCGUCUUUGUCUGUAAUGUCAAUCCAGUGUCAGGGUGGUGACGGAACUCCCGCUUGCCCUUUGUCUGCAGACGAUCUUGAGGCGAAAUUUGGACCAAUAUGGUGUCGUAGAGAGGGUUGUGGACCAGUUUGAGGAGAAUUUUGUGAUGGUUUUGAAAGGGCGAGGGUUUGCUGUAGGUGAUGAUGGCGGACGUGGAAAUGGAACAGGGUAACCUGGGGGAGAUGGUCGAAAGAUUUCCAUGGGGAUUCCACAUGGGAGAAGCGAGAUUGAGAGGAGAUUUUGAUAGCAGUGAGUUAGGGCAGUAUGAUGGGGCAUGGGAGCUGGAGGAAGGUCCAAGGGAUUGGAUGCAAGUGGAUGUUAGUGAUGAUGAAGGUGUCAGUCAGCCGGUGCAGGAUGAGGCGGACGAACCCGAGGUUUUUAUUGAUGAUAUACUAAGUGUCAUUGAGGAAGAUUCAUCUUCGCUUAAUUGAUACAAUCAUACGUGCAAAUAUUUCUUGAUUUUUCUCAAGAUCUAUGGCUUUACCACAUCAGGCAGCACAAAACUCUAUUGUGGAUGAAGGAUCAGAUAAAACGAUGCUUCUUCUUGGGCCUCCUGUCUCGCAGCAAGAGAUGGAGAUUGCACCGCAUACACCUGCAGUGCCCGAGGGACAUUAUGACGUAGAUCCGGCGCCUUCAUUGUAUCAGACCACCCCAGAUCUCUCCUGGCAGCAUGAUUUGAAUGGGAAUGGAGAAGCUGGCCUCGAAGAUACUUCAGAUGAGAUACUCUCCUUGGACAAUAUAGGCAGGGGCACAAUAUGGUAUUUUAUAGAACCUACUCAAGAUCUCGAUUACGAAAGACCACAGAAAAAUGAUGGAUCUGUACUAGUUUCAAAUAGGACGUAUCUUGAAAGGCUUUCGCCCGGCGUAUCUAGGCCUAGUCGUUCUACUUCCAGUUCGCCAGUCACCAUGUUAGACAAUUCGUCAAGACACGAGUACGUGUUCGAAAAUCCUUUUGAGCGAAAGAGUAUGAUCCCAAGCACUAGGGAAUUAAACUUCAAUGGCCAUCCUAUUGUCGAUCUUUCAAGUGAUGACAGCGAUGGAGUGGAGGAGGAAUCUGAGCUGAGGGAGCUAAAUAGUGGAUUACGAAGAAAACGAAACUUGCUCAGCUGGGGCGGUGGUGGUAUGAAGAGACCGCGAGAGUCUAUACACCGGUAUUACAUGCAACCUAGUAGUCACCAGUACUCUGAAUUCCCUUUUUCGCAGAUUGCUAAAACGGCACCUGAAAUAUAUCCUUCUUUACACAGAACUCAAACUUGGGAUCCCAGCUCCAAGUACUCUUUGCAAUUUGGUAGACUAGAAGCCUCUGUUACCACUCCCACAUCUUUUAGGAGUAUUCCUGGUAAUGAAUCUCAUAAAAGUAUGUCUGUCUCUAGAGAUACUUUCUCAAGUAGCUGGAUAAGUUUAGCAACAAGGACUAGUUCUGGUGAGGUGAGCACAUCGUACGACAGGAGGGUGUUGCCUGGGACCAUGGCGAAUUCUAUAACAGGAUCAAUCAAUGGAACGGUCAUAGCUGCUGCAGUGGAUCCUGUGAAGCGGAGCGAGGAGUUAGCGAUCCAAGCUGUUGUCCAGGCUUUUUCAUUAGGGGAUGAAAAGGAAGAGGCAACUCCUGAUCAAGACCUUUUAACCAUGACACUUCUCAAGCAUCAGAGGAUAGCGCUGGCGUGGAUGGUGAACAGAGAAAGUGGUAGCCACGAACCUUGUGGAGGCAUUUUAGCUGAUGAUCAGGGGUUGGGUAAAACUAUAUCUACUAUUUCUCUUAUACUGAAGAAUAGGGCUCCGGUUCAAAAAUCAGGUUCAAGCAGUGUACAGUCUCUUCGACCGGAGGGUUCUACAGUUGAUCUUGAAGAUUACGAAGACGAAGAAGAGCAAGCAUCACAAGAAAGAAAACUCGAAACUAGGCAAUGUUCAUCAUCUCCUAACGAAAAUGGCUCUCAGCAACAGCUGGACGAUCCUAGGUCCAGCCAAUCAUCGAAUAAAGGCAGGCCAGCUGCUGGAACUCUUGUUGUAUGUCCUACCAGUGUUUUGCGUCAGUGGGCGCAAGAGAUUAGAGACAAGGUUGCUACGAAGGCAGGCUUAUCAGUCUUGGUGUACCAUGGGAGCAAUCGGAUAAAGGAUCCGCAGGAAAUUGCCAAGUUCGAUGUGGUUCUUUCGACUUACUCAAUUGUAAGCAUGGAGGUUCCAAAGCAGGCACUUCCCGAAGAGAGAGAUGAAGAAAAUAGGAGGAAUGGUUCUGAAUAUGAGUUCGUCCCUUUCACAAAACCUAAAAAAGAAAAGGCUAAGAAGGGAAAGGUCAAAGGUAAAGGAGCAGGUGCAGACGGCGAUACUCCUGACUCUGGACCUUUGGCCCGGGUCGCUUGGUUUAGAGUUGUCCUGGAUGAAGCUCAGAGUAUUAAGAACUACCGAACCCAGGUUUCUCGUGCUGCAUGGGGUCUUCGAGCUAAAAGGCGAUGGUGUCUUAGUGGAACGCCUAUUCAGAACUCCGUGGAUGAUCUCUUUAGCUACUUCCGCUUUCUUCGUUACUCUCCAUGGGAUGCCUAUGAAAAGUUUCAGCGUGACAUAAAGGAGCCUGUUGGGCGGAACCCAAGUGAAGGCUAUAAAAAGCUUCAAGCAAUUUUGAAACCGGUAGUUUUGAGGCGUACCAAAACUUCUCUUCUUGAUGGAAAGCCCAUAGUCAAUCUACCUCCAAGAAUCGUAAAACUCCAGCAAGCAGAAUUUAGUUUGGAUGAGCGAUCCUUUUAUGAAAACUUGGAGAUCGAAUCACGGGAACAGUUUCAGAUGUACGCUGCAGCUGGAACUGUUCAGAAUAAUUAUGUGAACAUUCUUUGGAUGUUGCUGCGGCUUCGUCAGGCAUGUGAUCAUCCUAUGCUUGUCAAAAAAUGUGCCAAGGGUGAAGCUUUUCAGAAAACGACUAUAGAUGCAGUUCGGAAGCUCCCCCUUAGUCUGCGUAGUGAACUAAUUCAGUGCUUGGAAGGUGGUAGGACGAUUUGUCACGUUUGCCAGGAUGCACCUGAAGAUCCAGUGGUCAGCAUAUGUGCGCAUGUGUUCUGUAGACAAUGUAUAUCUGAGCAGAUGAAUGGCGAUGAAACCUGCCCGUCCCCCAAGUGCAAGAGAUCACUCAACAACUCCUCGUUAUUCACACUUUCUGCUUUGAAGGACCUAGGGGUUGGUGGAGUUGAAAACCUUGGAAAUGAAGUGAAAAGCAUAGAGCCUGCCGUGACAGAGGUGGAACAAACUUGGAACACAUCUUCCAAGAUUGAUGCUAUGAUGAAUACAUUGCAGGCCUUGCCAAAAAUAAGUGUUCUUGUAGAGGAUGGAAAGAUUGUCGAGGGAUCUAAAGCAGAAUUAUUAUUGAAAUCAGAAGCUUUGGAAAUCGAGCAGGGUGAAACCCUGGGUACGGGUUUACGAGAGGUUUCUGAGUCGAUUAAAAUCGAGAAGGUUGACUCGACUGAAAAGGCUAUUGUAUUUUCACAAUGGACUAGCAUGCUUGAUCUUCUAGAAUUACCAUUGAAGAAAUCAGGAUUAUGCUAUCGGAGACUGGAUGGCACCAUGUCGGUUGUUGCUCGAGAUCGAGCUGUCUCUGAUUUCAACACGCUUCCAGAGGUGACGGUCAUGAUUAUGUCUCUUAAAGCUGCAAGUCUAGGAUUGAAUAUGGUGGCUGCAAGUCAUGUGCUUUUAUUGGACGUAUGGUGGAAUCCCACCACUGAAGAUCAAGCAAUUGAUCGAGCACAUCGCAUUGGCCAGACGCGUACUGUAAAUGUCUCGCGAUUUACAGUUAAAAACACCAUUGAAGAUCGUAUUUUAGCAUUACAGGAACGGAAAAGACAGAUUGUGGCAUCUGCUUUUGGGGAAAAUGACGGAGGUGAACAAAAAAAUCGCCUGACAGUAGAGGACCUACGCUAUCUUUUCCGAGUCUAACUGACUCUAUCCUGUGUAUUUUAAUAUGACCGCUGUUUCUGACAUGUAUCAUUCCCCAAAUACAACUGCAGAAGUAGUGGACUUUGUCGGAAAUUGUUCUACAGGAGGACAGUUUUGCCAUUCUGGGGCCCAGGCGCGUAGCCUGUAGGGUAUCGGAUAGCCUCCUCAAACACGUCAAUUGAUCCCUUCCUUGGUAGUGACCUCUAACCUUGUAGUCACUAUCUUGAUGACAAUUAUUUCCAAGGUUGUGUAUCGUCUUAUAGUUUCAGAUUGCAGGUCUGUGAAACCUUACAGCUCAAGUCUCAUUCCUGAGUUACCUUGUAGCCAAUUGGAAUACCCUGAAAGCGCCAACAGUGGAUUACUGAGGAGGCAUUCUUUUUUUCAUUUUGUACACUAGUUCGUAUUGGAAUGAAAUCUUAGCUUAGUGGUUCUGAUUAAAUUUUGCAAAACGCCAAGUAUCUAUAAUAUUCUGAAAUUUCCGUCA